AUGGAGGAAACUCAUCAACAACUCAUACCGUCUUCCAGUGUUGCUGGGGAAGUUGAUGCCUUACAAAGGACACCUCUCCACUUAGCUUCUGGAAAAGGAACUGUCGAGAUUGUUCAAGCUUUGCUGGAGAAGAACACAAGCACUUGCAUGGUACGUGAUUUGCAUGGGUUGAUUCCUCUCCACCAUGCAGUGAUUAAUGGAAGAAUUGAUAUCAUGCCACUGUUGAUCAAUGCGAGGCCACAAUCUCUUUGGAUGAAGCUUCACAAUGGUCAAACUGUUCUUCAUUUAUGCGUAAUGCACAACCACUUGGAAGCUCUUAAGUUGUUGAUCACAAUGAUUGAAGAUCAUCAAGAUUAUGGAUUCCUCAACGAAGGUGAUGAGAAUGAAAAUACGAUUUUGGAUUUGUCUAUGAUGUUGAGACAAAUUGAGAUUGUACAAUAUUUAUUGUCUAUCAAGGGAAUAAAAACGGGAACAAACACUACAAACAACUAUGCUGCAUCAAAUGAGAAGGGAUCACCAAACAGAAUUGAAGAACCAUGUUAUGAUGGGUUAUCGACAUCACCACCGCCCAAAAACUUAAUGACAAGUUCAUUGAAGUCGAAACUUGAAUACAAAGGUGAUUGGUUCCAAGAAGUGCAAGGUACAAUGAUGUUGGUGGCAACGGUUAUUGCAACAGUGGCUUUUCAAGGUGCAAUCAACCCUCCCGGCGGUGUUUGGCAAGAAGAUAUUCCUUAUAACUCCAAUAGUACUAUUCAUCGUUCGUUUCAUAGUAGCAAUACUUUGAAAACUUUCAUGGCAGGAACUGCCGUAAUGGGCUACCCAGCUUCAUGCCAAGGAAACUAUUACACAGCUUACUUGAUUACGAAUUCUGUCUCAUUCUUUGCAUCAGUAGGUGUGAUUAUGUUUAUAAUAGGUCGAUUGCCUUUGAAAAAUAGGAUUUGUGCAUGGUUAUUAACCGUAACCAUGUGCAUUGCCAUUGCAUCCUUAUCACAUAGUUAUUUAUUGGGAGUUUGGCUGCUAAAUGCCUCGUUUAGGAAUUCUUAUGCUUCAAGAGUAACAUUUCUAACAGCAUGGCACAUCUUGUUAGCAAUGUUGGGAGUGGUUUGUCUUUGUUGUAUUGUUAUUCCUUUCGUUACUUUAGUGGUGAAGCUUCUCGCUUGGUCAAGGGCUACACAUAAAGAUCAAGGGCUACACAAAACCUAG